GGCUUUACACAUCUGCCUAAACCGUAUGGAAGCACAACCUUCGUUGUCUAUAGCUGAAUAAAACGCCACUAACUUGGUUCUUUCAAAUAAAAAAUUGAUAUCGCUUGUUUGAAACGAUUUUUUAGCGAAUUUUUAAGAGCGACGCGCGCGAUUCUAUUCAGUAUUUGAAAUUGUGCAGCAUUCGCUUGUUUUUUGUCUGCAAAGCGACCUCAAAGUUCAUUCUGGUGAACGUUUGCUGUUUACUUGGAGCGAUUUGGAGACCCAGAAGACGCUGGACGCGAGUUCGAUUUAGAAACAGGGGAGUCUAAGUGUACAAAACGUCCGGGAGCAGGCUAUACUCGGACCUUAACUUCGCAGACCUCAAUUUCCCUUAAACCUCCCCACGAUGGCCGGCAUAAAAGAAUGGGGAUACUCAACCGUCAAUGGGCCCAGCACAUGGGUGGAGAGAUACCCGAUGGCGGCGGGUUCAAGGCAGAGCCCGGUGAACAUCGAAACGUUUCGCGCAAAAUCCGAUCACGAGGCUCUAAGUAGCAAACCAUUGAGUUGGCGUUACCCGGCUACAGCAUCGAGGAAGUUGGUUAACCCAGGUUAUUGUUGGCGAGUUGAUACCGACGGCGAUGGCACAUUUUUGAGCGGAGGACCUUUGAUGGAUGACGUCUACAAACUGGAGCAAUAUCAUUGCCAUUGGGGAUGUUCGGAUUCAAGGGGUUCGGAACAUACCGUCGACGGUCAAGCAUUCGCAGGCGAGCUUCAUCUCGUUCACUGGAACACCUCCAAGUACAAGACUUUCGCUGACGCUGCCAAAGCACCCGACGGUUUGGCUGUACUGGGAGUUUUUCUCAAGGUGGGAAAAACUCACGAGGAAAUGGACAAGAUCGCUCGUCUUUUGCCCUACGUUUCUCACCGAGACGAGAUCGUCGAAAUAACGGAAAACAUCGACCCUAGCAAGCUGUUGCCUGUCCGCAGUGGUCGAGCAGGUGCUCUGAGAUGUAUAAAUCCUUGCAUGCGUUGGGCUGAUCGAAUAAUUCGUCACGAUAGCAAACACAACGAUCAAGCCGACGACAACGGGUAUUGGACAUAUUUGGGUUCGCUAACAACACCACCGUGCAAUGAAAGUGUUACUUGGAUAUUGUUCAAAAAGUACAUCGAGGUAUCUCACCAUCAAUUGAACAUCUUCCGUAAUCUUAGAAAGUUCACACGUGACGAGGAAUGUCCGUGUCACGAGAAUCACGGAGCUGUCAUCAACAACUUCCGUCCGCCACUGCCUCUCGGCAAUCGCGUCCUCCGUGAAUGUGGCAGCUUUUAAGAAGUUGUUGACAUUUCACCUCGGAGAGAAGAUUUGGGGAUUUCAAACACCCGUGAUGUUGUCUGGAUGUGCAAUUACAACGCGCAAGAGUAUUCACGAUGUGCUUUGCCGGCCAUCGAGGGGAGGAUGAAGAAGGGGGAAGGGGGAAGGGGGAAGGGGGAAGGAGGAGAGGGGGAGAGGGAUGCGAAGUUGGUUCCUAGGUCGCGUGCAAAUCUCAUUCCAAAAAUUGAUCUGAAAAAAUAGAUUAAAUAAGUAAACAAAUAAACAGAAAAUGAAGUUGGACAUGGUAUCACGAUCCAUCGAACUGCAGUUAGAAAGAUAAAACCAAAAAUAAGAACGUCGAUUAUUUUCUGCAUUAGCAAUUUUAGCGCGGCCUGAGUUCCAAUUAUUAUAUAGGAUUUGAUAUUUCUUUUGACGGAUCAAAAAGACGAAAAUUAUAAUAAAAUUUUUUUUUAAUUUGUGUAGUAGCAACUGGAUUCGAAACGAAUCAAUGUACUUAUAUUCAUAGUACAUGGUUGUUGUUAAAAGUAAGAUGAGACGAAAUUAGACGAACGAUUUACCUUGAGCGAUGAAAAUUUUGAGAAAAAAAAAUCUUAAUUUGAAAAAUAAAAUAAAGAGAUCAGAAAAUCCUGUCUCAAGAAUAGAAGAACAAUCAUUCUAUUUCCAAUACAUUAUGUAUGUGCGUAUGUAUAUCUAAUUCGUGUAGUUAUCUGUUUAGCUGGCAUACCUAUACUGAUGUACACAUAUUAUAUACCUUAGAUACCUCUUUUGGAAGGAAUCGUUUCAAUGUUAUUUACACAAAGCUGGAGAUAGGGCCCGAAAUGUUUUUAGUGAAUCAACCGCAUGAAGUUAUAUGAAAUGUUCAAUCUAAUGACAAAUUUCCAUUUGGUUCCAUUGAAUAAUUGAUUAUCAUUAAUUGUUUCACUCGAAAACGACAUAACGAUAACGAGAAAGAAAAGUAAAAUGAACUAACGAUAAGAUAUCGUGGUCAUUUUUUAUUUUCUUUUUUUUCGUGUAAAGAUUUUCCGUGGGCAUUUUAUCGCUAUAGGAACAUUGUCCUUGAUGUUAUUCAUAUUGUCAGAUCUGAUAGGCUGAUGUCUGUGCCUACUUAGAGAAAUUAAAUGUAAUACGUUUGAGAUAAGGUUAAAAAAAAUGAUGAAAAUGGAAUUCGAAACAUUAGAAAAAAAGAAUAAAAUUAAAAUAGAAUAAAACCAUGGUUGCGAGUUACUAAAAUAAAUAAUAUGUGUAAGCGACUUCAAUUACGAAACAGUUGACAAUUGUUUCGAUAAUAAUAUUUGGAUUAUACAACUUUUUACUGAAAAUAAUUGAAAUUAUUCAGAUUUAUCGUCAAAACGAAUUUUAAAAAAUUUUGAUAUCACCAUCGGAUUUUUAUACACGUCGGUUUUAAUAUUGACCGAUUUUUUUCUGAAAUCAUUCUCAUACAGACGAUUUUUUAAUAACCUAUCCAUGAAUUUUGGAAUACGAGCAUUUUGGAUUAUUAUAGAUCGUGCUGUAAUAUUUGAAUUUUCAACAUUUGAACACAGUUGGAAACCACUUGAAUAAAUUAACUGUGCUAUGAUGAUAUUCAACGAAACAUACCUAUACAUACCUAUAUAAAUAUAUAAAUAUAAUAUGACACACACAUAUAUAAAUGUAUAAUCAUUUUGUUAUAUCAUAUUACGUUAUUACCUAUAGGUGUUUGUGACUUUGUGUAUUUAUGCAGUAGCGAUAAAAAUAAUCUAUAUAUAUAUAUCAUAAUAAUACCCACAUACCUAUAUUAUAUUCUUAUAUUUUACGACUUCACCAAAUUUCAUAUUUCUGACCUAUAAUUAUGAUUACAUGAGAAAAUUUGAACGCGCGAUUUCCUAUGUUUGAUGAAAAUUCACUUGCAAAUUUUUCGUUUUAUAUUCAACUUAUAUUGUGACGCAUUAUACAUAUACUGAUGUGACAUUAUGAUCUUUGCUUUAGUAUUACCGUCAGAUUCUAAUUAAUGUUUAUGCAUAUAAAUAUUAUUCUGAACAAAUUAUAUAUUAUUUCAAUAUUUGUGUCACGAAUUAUCAAAUUUUUCAUUUGACAAUUUCUGAUGCGAAUUUUUUAUAAAUAUUACACAUUUUUGCAUAUUGCAAUAUAUAUUAAUACUUUACCAUUAAAAUUAGAAUAAUGAUAACAACAGCCCGGCUGUGCUUUGAAAUGAAACUUACAUCUAAUCCUUUUCAACCCGGAGAGGAGUAAACUUUCGUGCAAUCUUGAAAAAACUGGGAAAAAAGAAAAAUCAUCUAUUCUGAAUUUCUAUGCAUUAAAAAUAGAACCGCGUGAUCGACACGUUCUCGUGGCAUACAUUGCGGCAGCUGUUUUCAUUCCAUAAGUGCAGCCAAAAAAAUUAAUUAAAACAAGUAAUAAAACCAAUAAAUGAUAAUAAAAAAAAUUAAUUGCAAAAAAAAAACCAAUACACUUGCACCUACAUUAUUCAUUGAUGGAUGUUGUACCAGUAGAUAAAAAUGUGAGUCAUUGUUAUGUGAGAAGAACGGAGAAGAGAAGAGAAAAAAAAGCACAGAAAAAGACAACCUUGUGCAUUUAGUCCUCAACUGAUACCCAUCUAUAGAAGACUUUGGUUGGGUUUAUGCCUUGCAACUGUGAUAGUGAAAAUAUAUAAUAAACACUCGUAUACAUCA